AUGGAGCGGACGUGCUGGUCGUGCGGCGAGGGGCGGGUGAUCAGCGACCCGGAGACGGGCGCGCGCGUCUGCAACGGCUGCGGGCGCGAGCACGAGGCCGCGGCGGACUUCGUCCAGCAGCCGGACUUCGGCCCCGACGGGCGGCCCGACGCCUCCGCCUCCUCCCUGGUCCACUCCGUCGGGGACUUCGGGUACCGCGAGCGCAAGCUCCACGGCGCCACCCUCCUCUUCUCCUCCGUCUGCUCCCGCCUCGGCCUCUCCCCCGCCCGCUCCGACGACGCCCUCCGCCUCGCCCUCUCCGCCACCUCCGGCUCCCUCGCCACCCCCUCCUCCGCCUUCCUCCCCGCCCUCGCCGCCGCCUCCGCCCGCAUUCCCGACCUCGCCGCCCGCCUCGCCCGCCGCCCUCUCCCUCCCCCCUCUCCCCCCUUCGACGCCGACCGCGCCCUCGACCGCGCCGUCCGCUCCUCCCCCGCCCUCGCCGCCCUCGCCCUCCCCCCCGGCAAGGCCGACGCCGUCGUCUCCCACGCCCGCUUCCUCCUCCGCUGCGCCGCCAAGUGGGCCCUCACCACCGGCCGCCACCCCCUCCCCCUCCUCGCCGCCGUCAUCGCCCUCGCCGCCCAGAUCAACGGCGUCCCCUCCGUCUCCGUCGACGACGUCGCCGGCGAAAUCUCCGCGGGCGUCUCCACCAGCAGAGCCCGCCUCAAGGAGCUCGUCGCCGCCCUCGUCCGCGCCGCGCGCGCCCUGCUCCCCUGGGGCGACGACGUCACCCCCCGCAACCUCGCCCACAACGCGCCCCUGCUGCUCCGCUUGAUGGAGAUGCGGUCCAAGGCCAAGCCCCUGGGGCCCGAAUUCUUCGACGAGUUCUCUUUCGACCCGUCCGAGCUCGCGAUCGCCCACCCCGGCAACGCUGCCGACGACGACGAGGCCAAGUACUUCCUCCUCAACCCGGGCGAAGAGAAUGAAAACUCUGACGUUAGCAAGUAUGAGAGUCUCAAGCUGUCGGGAGAGCGCCUGUUGGAUGCUCACAAGAAUGCAGCAGAGAAGGCCGCAAACCUCGACAAUGCCGGAGAGCUCGCAAAGGAGGCGGGGAAGAAGAGGAGGAGAAGCGGGGGCGUUGACGCAGAAUUUUGGCUGGAAUCUUGGGAGGGGGGAUGGGACUCUGACAAGAAGUUAACCCUCGAGCAGAUAUUGGAGAGGGACGUCGGGUAUGAUGCCCCGCCCCCGUCUUUCGUUGCCGGGGAGGAGUCGCGGAGAUUGAGGAGGACGAAGAUUAAAGCUGCAAAACGCCGAAUUAAUGAGACCAUGAAGGGCCAAUCUUCUUGCGAUGAUUUGGUUGUCGAGAAGGAUGAUGCUCCGGCGGAGCGGACGGUUGGUAGGAAGCGGAGGAGGAAGAGUGGAGGCGGUAAAAAUGGCACUGAUUGGGAGGAUUGCACUAUAGAGCUCUUACUUCUGCAUGGUGUGGCAGAGGAGGAAAUAGAGCAAGGGCAUUAUAAUAGAUUGCUUGACUUGCAUGUUUUCAGUCCGGCAAGUGCUUGAAGAUGAAGAGGGCCAAGAAGUUUUGCUAUAUCAGUAUUAUAUGUCGGUUCUGCCGUUCCUACUGAUAUGAUUUUUGGUGAUUUCUGGCCUCGGCAAUAGGGUAUAUCGGUAUAGAGCAUUGAUUGCCUAUAUAGUUCUCUUUUUUUCUUUUUUUUUUUGUUUAACACAUGAUUAAUGAUUAUGAUUACAGGAACAAAAGGAGUAAAGAUUUGUCAUAUUUUAAAUUCUCUUGCUGCUGCCGAGGCCUUUUUGAGUUACUGGCCUUGUGACUACAAUUUUUGUUCCUCCUUUUGGCUCUUCUAAUAGAAUUGAGCUUUUAUUUUGUUCUAUUAUGAA